AUUGCAGCAUCCAAUUACCAUUAUUAUUCAGUGCACCCUUCACUUGAUAAGUUAACACUAUUAUUAUCAGUUGAAUUGCAGAAGAAACUAAAAUGGCUUCUUCUCCUUCCAUUACUUAUGAUGUGUUCUUGAGUUUCAGAGGCACAGACACUCGGCGCGGUAUUCUUAGCCAUUUGGUUAAGGCUUUCAAUCAAAAGCAAAUUGAAACAUAUGUAGAUUACAUGCUGAGGGAAGGAACUGAAAUAUCACACUCACUCCUUACAGCCAUUGAACAAUCUCAAAUCUCUUUGAUCAUAUUCUCCCAAGACUAUGCUUCUUCCAGAUGGUGCUUGGAUGAACUUGUGACAAUAAUGAAAUGCAGAAAACAAAAUGGUCAAAUCGCAAUACCUGUUUUCUAUGAAGUGGAUCCAUCUUGGGUACGCCAUCAAAAGGGAAGUUAUCAGGAUGCAUUUGCUAAUCACGAGAAAACUUCAUCACGGGACAAGGUUCAAAUCUGGAGACAAGCUCUAAACCAAGCUGCCAAUUUGUCAGGAUUACAUUCAUCAAAUUUUGGGAAUGAUGCUGAAUUCAUUGAAGAAAUUGUGAAACGUGUGUUGCAAAGGUUGAACCAAGCAUACCAAUGUGAUCCAAAAGAAUUUGUUGGAAUUCAUGAACCAAUUGCAGAGCUAGAAUCAGUAUUGUGCAGGGAAUCGAAAGCUGUUCUUGUUGUCGGACUUUGGGGCAUGGGCGGUAUUGGUAAGACAACUCUAGCUAGUAAUAUUUUCAACAGAUUGCAAUAUGAAUUUCAAGGUGUAUGCUUUUUGGAGAAUGUAAGGGAGAGAGUUCAGAGAUAUGGCAUGACUCAUUUGAAGAAAGAGCUUCUUUCUAAACUACUAGAGGAAAAAGAUGUAGUCCCUUUCAUCAUGCCUGAUGGAAUAACCAAUUUUGCCAAAAGAAGACUUAGUCGAAAGGCAAUUCUUCUUGUUCUUGAUGAUGUCAAUGAUCCAGACCAAUUGGAAGAUUUAUGUGGAAGAGGGUUUGAAUGGUUUGGACCAACUACUAGAAUUAUAGUAACAACUAGGGAUAAGCAUGUAUUACUUGUUAAACAAGUUGAUCACAUACAUGAGGUUAAGCCAUUGAAUGACGAUGAAUCUCUCAAGCUUUUUAAUUUGAAUGCCUUCAAACAAAACUAUGACAUUGAAAGAGACCAAGAUCAUGCUGAGCUGGCCAUGAAGCUGGUUACUUAUGCUAAUGGCAUUCCAUUGGCUUUGAAAGUUUUGGGCUCCUCUCUUUAUGGAAGAAGCAAAGAAGAGUGGGAAAGUCAACUGUCUAAACUUGAGAAAAUUCCUCAUGUCAAAAUUCAGAAUAUAUUGAGAGUGAGUUACAAUGACUUGGAUCGUCAUGAUCAAAAUAUUUUUUUAUACAUUGCAUGUUUCUUUGAAACAGAUAAUGCAGAACAGAUAAAAUGUCUACUUGAUUCUUGUGGAUAUUCAACAGCCAUUGGGUUGAGAAAUCUUCAUGAUAAAGCUCUUAUUUCCAUUGCACCAAAAAGUAUGGCAAUGCAUGAUUUGAUUCGUGACAUGGGCCGCGAAGUAGUUCGCGAAGAAUCUCCGAGUAAUCCUGGAAAUCGUAGUAGAUUAUGGGAUCCCGUUGACAUCUAUGAAGUAUUGAAAUAUAACAGGGUAAGUAGUGUAUUAGUCCUAAUGUACAAGUUGAAGUUUUUGAGAAUCAGUUGUUCUUGGACGAGGCAUGGGGAAUGUCUGUUGCGUGUUCCUCAAGGUAUUGAGUCUCUUUCAGACGAGUUGAGACUUUUGGAAUGGAAUGCAUGUCCUUUGAAAUCUUUGCCAUCAUCUUUUUGUGCUGAAAACCUUGUUAAACUUAUGAUGAUGGAUAGCGGGUUAGAAAAGCUUUGGGAUGGUGUCCAGAAUAUUGUAAAUUUAAAGGAAGUAUAUCUUCAAGGAUCUAGGAAGCUAAUGGAGCUGCCGGAUUUAUCUAGAGCCUUAAAGCUUCAAGUAUUAAACAUUUCUGAGUGUGUGAGUCUGCGCCAAGUUCCCUCAUCUAUUGCAUCAUGCCACAAUCUACUUGAGCUCAACUUAAGUAGAUGUUACGAACUUGGCAGUUUCCAUCACUGCAUCUAUCUAGAAUCUCUCAAAAUACUCUUCCUUGACAGCUGCAUAAAUCUCAGAGAGUUCUCAUUAUUAUUGUCCACUGACAGUGACACAUUGCCAGCCAAAGCCACAGCCGCAAUGGCACUUGAAAAUAUAAGUUUGGUUGAUUGUUGUAAUCUUUCUCUGCUGCCACACAACAUAGGCAUGCUCUCAUCAUUGAAGUACUUGUCACUUUGUCGGAGCUACAUAACUUGCUUGCCCGAAAGCAUCAAGCAUUUGUCACUGCUGAAAUCACUCAACUUGAGGGGUUGUCAGAUGCUUCAGUCCUUGCCGGAGCUUCCAUCUUCUAUUACAGAAUUAGAUGUUAUUGACUGCACCUCAUUAGAGACUACUACUCCAUCUACAUUUGCCUACUCCGACGAGCAGAUUGAGACCGAAAUCUUUGCUUUUGCCAACUGCAUAAAGUUAGACCAUCUUACAAAGAAAGGGAUUAUGGAAGAUGCGUGUAUGAGAAUAAAGAGAGCAGCGAAUACUUGUCUAGCAGCAAUAAAAGAAAACGAGGACGAUGAUAGAAGAGCAUUACUUGUUAAUCCACACUAUCACUACAAGGUUCAGGGUUGCUUGCGAGAGAACGAGAUUGAGAACGAGGAUGGAAGAGAAUAUCAAUAUCAUCACAGGGUUCAGUUUUGUUUGCCUGGAAAACAAGUUCCAAGUUGGUUCACUCAUAGAAGUAGAAACAAAGAAACCAUGAUGACUAUUGAACUUGUCCUUCCUCAUCGUGCUUCGAAUGACAGGUUUUUGGGUUUCAUCUUAUGUGUUGUUGUUCCUAAAAAGGGCAGUUCAGGAAUCUUGGGAUGUAAGUAUUGCAUUGAAAGUGUGGAGUAUAGCAGCUGGUGGAACCCAAGUCCGAGGGUCGGUGUUAUUGACAAUGUGUUUUUGUGGUAUGUGGGGGAAUGCUGCAUUGAUAUAGUGAGAGAAAUGAAAGAAAAUGUAUGUAAGUUGAAGGUUUCAUUUCAAUUCUCCAUUGGAGGCAAGAUUUGGACAAGGGACAUAAGCCAGUGUGGUGUCCACCCGAUUUAUGCCUCCAAUGUGUUCAAACAAGGGGUUGUGGUGACGCACAUGGAUGAUGACAAUAAGAAUGAAUGUGAUAUAGAAGAACAAGAACAACUUCCUUGAAUAUUAAUGAUGAAGUGAAGAAGAGAGUAAAGCAUACCUUGCUCUUCCAGAAGUAAAGAUCAGAAUGACAAAGACUAGUGUAGAGGAUCUUCAAGCGAACUUCACCAGCCUCUGGUGGUGCUACCUCUACUUCUUCUAUGGCCAGUGGCUUCCCUUCUUCCCAUGCAACCGCAGCUAUGAAUGCAAUAAUCAUUUCAUCAAUGCAUUGAAGAAAAAGAGAGAAAGAAACAUAACAUGAAUAAGUAGUAGUACCUCUGCACUUGAUGACUUGACCAGCUGUAGUGCUAGACAUGGCUUCCUUCUUUGUGAUGAAUGAUGAUGGAA